GUCCGCACACGCUGCUAUCCACGCGCGCCGCCCGUCUGCACGCGCCGCCCCAGCGCCCGUCUGCAGCCCCUCAGCCCCGCCACCUGCCCCCGAGCCCGCCUCGCAAGCUGCCUGCGCUCUUCGGGCAUGGGGUGGUGACCUGGGCCUAGAGAAUGGAGGCCUUUCCUUCCGACUUCGUAGUCCACAACCUACCCUGCAUAGUCCUCUCCGGGCUGGCCACCAGCAGCGAGGUCGAUCCGCCUCCGCCUGUCUACAAUGUCCUCCCAGGGCGGACCAUCACCAACAUCAGCUCCGAGAUAGCGCCCGUCCAAGGUGAAGCUGCUACCGAGCUCCUCGACGAGUUUCUGCGCAGCGAUGGCACCAAUGCGCUGUGGAAUGGGCGGGGCCUGGGUCGCAGAGGCCUCACGCAUGGCUUCAGGAUACGGAGCGUAGGAAGAAACUUCCAGCUGCCCCCGCACAAGGCAGAUGCGCCCACCCACUCCGAGACGGUGUCUAUGAGCAGUCCCGUCGCGGCCGGCCCGACAUCCUGGGUGCUCCAUUCACCCAUAUCGCCCCUCUCGCCCGGCGCCCCGUCGUUCCCGGACGGUGUCAUUCCUCCUGCCUGGGUUGCAAAGCAUCAGCACUAUGUGCCUGCCGUCUUCGUCUCCUUCUUCAACUUCACCACCGACCCGAUUACGAAUAGCCUGCACGACAACCAGCUGAAGACCGAGAUCAACAAGAUCAAGGGCCAGAUACAAAAGUCCGACUAUCGCACAAGAUAUGUCGUUGUUCUGCUGAGUGACAAGACCAUUUUGGAAGCGCCAGAUAUUGAGGAUAGACUUGCUGUUAUCCGACGCGCCACUGGCCUGGACCCGAAGAACUCACUCUUCUUCCUUCCGCCAAGAACGUCGCGGGUCGAGCUACAGGCCUUUGUCACAUCGGUACUGGCCAUAUUGCAGCCCAUCUGCGUAGAGUACUACCGCGACCUCACAAAGCAUGCACGAAGAAAAAAGAGCAGGGGUACCAUUCCUCCUCCGACAGCUCCUCCCACGCGCGGAACGUCCCAGACGCUGUCGUAUCCUGGCUGGGGUGUUCGUUAUGACUUCAAGCUGGCCAUCUUCGCCGAGUUCCGCCAAGAAAUGGACGCUGCGCAACGGCACUACAAUGCUGCUUUAGAGGCUCUGUUUGGAGCCGAAGGCCUGUUCGAGACCACGGCGAGUUGGUCGCCAAGAUGGGAUGAGAUACGAUUGCUUUCAGACAUCAUCGCCAUGCGGCAUAUUCGGUGUCAGCUCUGGAACAACUGCCCUACCUCUGCCGUUCAGACAUGGCUGCGGUACAAGUACAGGUUACAAGACGUCCUGGAUCGCCGAGGCAAGGGCACUGUGAAUUACGGCUGGCAGGCAUGGGAAUCCAGGUGGGCCCAGGUCAUGGCCGAGGUUGUCCAGCGAGCAGAGUUACCCGUAUUCAAGAUGACAGACCCUGCGCCAGAUCCGGAUCCUUUGGCAGAGGCCGGAACCUCGCUAUACUCCCAGCCCGAGAAACAGUUUCCUGUAGGAGAAAGACUGCCGCCGUGGGAAUUGCUACACCACGCUGGUUAUUGGCACAAGAUUGCCAGUGAUCAUGCCAAGAGGCGCUAUAUCCUGGCCCGGGAAAUGCCUGAAGAGGAUCGGACGCCACCAGGCAUGUCACCUGCGGCAAAAGUCUCAAAUCGGAGUCAAAUAUACGAUACCUACCUUGUUCCCCAGCCGCACGAAGAGUUCCCGUUGCCUGGUGUUGGCACUGGCUUCCAACAUUGGAAAGACAUCUCAUCCAAGAUGAACGAUGCAAUUAGCCAAUUCAAGGCUCGAGGUCAGCCCCGCAAAGUAGACCAGCUGCAACUAGACGUAGCGCGGACACUACUACACGUCAACCGGUUUGACGAUGCCUUCAAGGUGCUACGUCCGCUUUGGGAGACGAUGACCUGGAGGAAAGAAAGAUGGUGGAAUCUCGCUUCAGAAGUAGUAUGGGCCCUGCACGAGUGCGCGCUGCGGGUACAAGAUCAUGAAACAUAUGUCGCCACCGAAUGGGAGUUGUACAGUCAGACAAUUCCUGGCAAGACAAAAUACAAGUAUGAUCUCAUGAAAUGCCUUGAUGUCUUCCCAAGGGCUGCAGAGAAUAAGGUCGUUGUGAACAUGAAUGCCAAAGAGCGCAUAUCCUGUCUGUCCGUGUCUUUUGCUUUUUCGGAAGCUGAGGGUAACGUGGGUGAACCGCUGCAAUCGCAAAUUGCAAUCACUUCAAACGCCCGACCGGGCUCCGCUCCUGUUACCCUGUCCUUUCUGCAAUAUCAAUUCAAUGGUGGCUUGGCUGAAGUCCGCUUGACGCAUAAGGCUGAUGAAGAGACCCCUGGCAAUGCCUCCAGGAUGUACUCUUGUGCAUUGGAGGAGGCACACUCUGAUACUCAAAAGCCGCAGUGGACAGGAGCCUCUGAUCUGACACUGCAUGCUGGUCACACCAAAGUCUACAGUCUGCCUCUCGUUUUCCGUGAGUCUGGCGAUGUCGACGUUGUCGCUUGCUCAUUUGGAGUUAACACGGAGCGGUUUGAUCUCACCUGCUCGGAUUCAGAGCCCGAGAUUCCAACUCGUCCACUGUGGUGGAUUACAUCAAACACAAAGAUCAAGUCAAGAUUGCUCAAGCAUGGCUCGGGCAUGUCAAUCCACAUCCUGCCUAAGCCACCGAAAAUGGAGAUUCUCUUACCUGACAUUCGAGAUCAGUACUACACUGAUGAGCCAGUUACUCUAGCGAUCGAGAUACUGAACCAAGAAGAAGAGGAGACCGAAGCUGUUCUGGAAGUUCGACUCCUUGGUCGCUCAAAAGACUCUCUUGGCUAUACUUGGCUUGACCGCCCGGCGGCGUCACCCAUGAAGGAAGUACCGCCAGCACUCGACGGUGCGGCGGAUAUGGAUCUACCAGGCCAUGUAGUGGGCAAACUCGCCCAGGGAGAGCGAACAACGGAGCGAAUACGCUUCACGGCGCCCGGCGACCCAGCAGACUAUGCGUUAGAAGUCAAGGUGCUAUACCACUUACUCAGCGAUCGCGACAUUCCCAUCUCCAAGAUCAUGGUAGCAGAUCUCGUCUUCAACGCGCCCUUUGAAGCCAGCUACGACCUAAACGCACGUGUCCAUCCCGAACCAUGGCCGAGCUACUUUGAGCUACAAGAAGCCGAAAGCAACGUCAACCCCGAAUCCUCCGAUGCAUUCGGUAUCGCCCAAAAAUGGGGUCUACGCGCCAAAGUCGCCUCGUUCGCCGACGAACAACUCAUCGUCAGCGACCUUGCCGUCCAAGUCCACAGCAUCCACGGCGGAGCCACCUGCGACGUAACAAAGGAGUUUGACAUUGUCCCGACGCCCAUGCAGCCCCAAGUCCUCAGCGAAUGGGGCUUCAGCCUCGACAUCCGCAAAAACAACCUCGAAGAGCGACGUGCAACCGCCCUCGACACAACCCUCAACAUCACCUGGCAGCGCACCUCGGACCCCUCAGCCGCCCCCGUAACCUCGUCGCUGCCCAUCCCCCGCAUCCAGAUCCCCUCAUCAGAACCCCGCGUCCUCGCCCGCUCCCACUUCUCGCCCGCCAUCGCCUCGCUCAUCCACGUCGACUACGUCCUCGAGAACCCCACCAUGCACUUUCUCACCUUUGAACUCGCAAUGGAAGCCAGCGAGGACUUUGGCUUCAGCGGCCCCAAACUACGUACGCUGCAUCUCCUCCCCAUGAGUCGCCAGUCCGUCCGUUAUAAUCUGCUCGCCGCCGUCGACGGAGACUGGAUUACCCCGCAUUUGAAAGUUACAGAUCGUUACUUUAAUAAGACGCUCAAGGUGCAGGCGACUGAGGGUAUGAGGAGUGAUAAGAAGGGCGUCGGGAUUUGGGUUCCCGGUGAGGAGGGUGCUGAUGCUGAUGGUAGUGCUGAUGCUGAUGGUAGUGCUGAUGCUGAUGGUAGUGCUGAUGCUGAUGGUAGUGCUGAUGCUGAUGGUAGUGCUGAUGCUGGUGCUGGUGAUAAGGCCAAGGGCGAGAAGACGUAGAUU